AAUUUUUACUAACUUUUGGCUUUUUUUUUGUUAUUUGUUCGAAUGUUUUUUAUUGUUGGUGCGCCGCACACCUUAGCUGGCCUUAUUGAAGUGAUUAUCUACAGUUCACCAGAUGAUAAGAAGAAAAAUCGUGGAUUCUGCUUUCUCGAAUACGAGUCACACAAAGCUGCAUCGCUGGCAAAACGAAGACUUGGUACUGGUAGAAUUAAGGUUUGGGGAUGUGAUAUCAUUGUCGACUGGGCCGAUCCGCAAGAGGAACCAGACGAGCAAACAAUGUCAAAGGUUAAAGUCUUGUACGUGAGAAAUUUGACACAGGAUGUUAGUGAGGAGAAAUUAAAGGAGCAAUUCGAGCAAUUUGGCAAAGUUGAACGCGUCAAGAAAAUCAAAGACUAUGCCUUCGUACAUUUCGAGGAUCGUGACAGCGCCGUGAUUGCAAUGCGCGGUCUCAAUGGCAAAGAGAUCGGUGCUUCCAAUAUUGAGAAUGCUUCGCGUUUGCAGGUGUCGCUUGCCAAGCCACCAUCGGAUAAGAAGAAGAAGGAGGAAAUCCUACGCGCUCGCGAACGUCGCAUGAUGCAAAUGAUGCAAGGACGUCCCGGUCUGGUCGGCUAUGAACAAUUAUCUCCAUACAGAAACUUGUCGCCUACACACCCCAACAUGAUGUCCUUAGCUACGCCAAUGCGCCUGCCAGGUGGUCCACGAAUACCGCUGCGCGCACCAAUUCCGCGCGAUUACGAUUAUGAUUACGACCUUUAUGGUUAUUCGGAUUAUCGUGGCGGCUACAAUGAAUCCUAUUACGACGAUUUUUAUCGCACCUAUGAUGGAGAGUACUUCUUUGAUUAUCCACCGAGCGGUGUAGCACCAUUUCCAACUGGUGGACCCGCUGGUGGACUGCAGAGAACGGCCAGAAACAAUGUGUACACACAUACGGAUAGAGACAAAGUUACACGUGAUCAAAAUUUGAACAUUAUCAACUACGACAUAAUCAGCAACGACAGCGUGAAGACAUCAUCAAAAACAAAAACUUCAAAACUGCCAUUACCCGGCAUCAAAAUUUCGGCCUCACUCAUAUGCUUUCAGGGAUACUUUUUUGAAACCACGUCUAGCAAUUACAUUACAUACAUACAUAAAUAUAAUGCAUCUAGUGUUUUUUGGUUUUUUGACUUUUAUUUAACAAGAAAAUGUGUUUUGUUAGCUUACAUUUGAAAUUUCGUCCGUCCUGUGAGCGUUAACCCUAAAGUGCACCCAUCCACAACUAGUAAAUUAAGAGUGUAAACAAACAAACCGCCCUAGAUACAAUUUCAUCCAGCAUCUAGCAUACACUUUCUUGUGUUUCUAAUAAGCCUUAGAUACUAAGAUUAUUA